AAGAAGACUGCGCAUGUGUGGCAAACAAGCGGAAGCAGUAUGUGAGCCAACCGGAACCUCUAACGUUCUUUCUAUUCCCGGAUUGCCGUCAUGGUGUACAAGCGCUACGUUGAGAUCGGCCGUGUUGCCUAUGUCUCUUUCGGACCCCAUGCUGGCAAGCUGGUGGCCAUCGUAGAUGUCAUCGACCAAAACAGGGCUCUUGUUGAUGGUCCCUGCACUGCGGUGAAGAGGCAGGCCAUGCCCUUCAAAUGCAUGCAGCUCACAGACUACGUCAUCAAAGUACCUCAUAGUGCCCGCCAGAAGUUUGUGAGGAGAGCCUGGGAGAAAGCCCAGGUCAACGAGAAGUGGUCACAGAGCAGCUGGGCCAAGAAGAUCGAGGCAAGACAGAAGAGGGCCAAAAUGUCUGACUUUGACCGCUACAAGGUGAUGAAGGCCAAGAGGAUGAGGAACAAGAUCAUCAGGCAUGAGGUGAAGAAGCUCCAGAAGGAGGCAGCAAAGAAGUGAACAGUUUUCACAAAAUAAAUCUUCUGUUCAGUUGUU